AUGAGUGAUCGUGUGGAAGAAAAAUGCAAGAAAAGCGAUUCUGCCCAGAAACCAUCUGCAGAAGGAAAAUUUUCUCCUCCUAAUGACUGCUCAGGAAAAAGGAAAAACUUGAAACAAGUUGAGAAACAAUUAAAAAGCUUAGCCUUUCAAAAUCCAGGACCUCAGGUAGCUGACUUCAACCCUGAAACUAGAGAGCGGAAAAAGAAAGCAUGCAUGUCACAGAUGAAACAAGAUUUGUUUUAUAAGCCCAAAACUGCAAGGAAGUACGACAAACAUGGCAGGCUGCUCUGUAAUAACUUCGACUUGUGUGAUUGCCUGGAGAAGAACUGUCUGGGCUGCUUCUAUCCUUGCCCCAAAUGCAAUUCAAACAAAUGCGGACCAGAGUGUCGCUGCAACAGGACGUGGGUUUACGACAAAAUUGAGACUGAAUUUGGGCACGUGAUCAGCGUGCUGCCAUUUUCUGUCCCUGACUGA